ACGAAAACAGCUGAUUGGUUCAAAGUUUUACCUGUGCAACUUUGAUGACAAACUUUUUGUUAUAAGAACUAAAGCAAAACAAUUGGUAAAAUACGUUAGAAUAAGGCCAAAAUGGCUGAAUUGGCAUCGCCGCAGAUGACAGAACAAUUGGACAAUGAGGAGGUUCGGGAAAUCCUGAAGAACACCACAGAUCUUCGGCAGUAUUCACGGCAGAUUGAAAAGGAGUUCAAGGAGGUGGAGAACAAAUCCAUAGAGGACUACAUAGCUGAAUCCCAAAACAUUGCGCAUCUGCACAAUCAAAUAAACGAUUGCGACGAUGUCUUGGAGCGAAUGGAAAAUAUGUUAAUGAGCUUCCAGAGCGUUUUGAACAACAUAAGCACGGAGAUCACGCAGCUUCAAAAAAAAUCGGUGUCUAUGUCCCUUCAGUUGACAAACCGGCAGUCAGUCAAGGCCCAGUUAUCCCAGUUUAUUGAGGAUAUGGCUGUUUCCGAGGAGAUGAUUAAUAUAAUUAUGGAAACUCCGGUUACUGACCGAGAGUUCGGCUGUCAGUUGAGUGUAUUGAAUCAUAAACUUUCUUUGGUAAAGGAGCUUAGCUUCAACGAGUCAAAAUCCACUAGCGAUGUGAGCGAUGUGCUGCAGAAGUUGCGACUAAAAGCCAUGAGCAAGAUUCGUUCUUACCUGCUGGAGCAGAUCUACAAGUUUCGCAAGCCCAUGACAAACUAUCAGAUUCCUCAGAAUGCCAUGCUCAAGCACAAGUUCUUCUUCGAGUUCAUCCUGUCCAAUGAGCGUCAUGUGGCCCAGGAGAUAUGCAGCGAAUACAUCGAAACGAUGGGCAAGAUUUACUACAGUUACUUUAGGAGUUAUUCCACCCGCUUGACGAGUCUCAAAUUCGAGGAAUCCUGCACAAAAGACGAUUUAAUGGGCAUAGAGGACAAUGCCUCCAAGGGUUUAUUUUCCAAGACAACAAGUCUGAAGCACAAGAGUACUAUAUUUACAAUAGGAAAGCGAGGCGAUAUACUUAACCAGCAGUUGGAGGCUCCUAUCAUAGUGCCACAUGCUCAGCUGAAGAAUCGAUACACAGUAGAAGCUCUUUUCCGUUCGGAGCAAUAUGCCUUGGUGGAUAAUGCCUGUAGGGAAUAUCUGUUUGUCACUGAGUUCUUCAUGGUGCGCGGCACCCAGGCGCAGGAUUUGUUUAACCAGAUUAUGGGCAAAACCUUAACUCUCAUGAUUAAAAACCUGGAAGCUUCUAUACAUGACUGCUUCGACACCAUAGCGAUGUUCCUGUGCAUUCAUCUCAUUUUCCGCUAUCAACUAAUGUGCCACAAGCGCUGUGUGCCUGCAUUGGAUAAGUACUGGGACUCCUUGCAAGCUGUUAUUUGGCCGCGUUUGGAGCUGGUUUUCCGUUUAAAUAUACAGAGCAUUCACGACUGUGACCCAACCAAGUUCAACAAGGAAUUGGGGCCGCACUAUAUAACACGACGCUAUGCAGAGUUCAGUGCGGCCAUUGUGGGAAUCUCGGAGCACUUUCCCAACGAAUUGGUGAGCAGAUUGCUACUGGAACUGCAAAACGAAGUGGAAUGCUUUAUCCUGCGUAUGGCUGCGAUUUUUCCAACUCGCAAGGAUCAACUCAUCUACCUGAUCAACAACUAUGAUUUAGUUUUGGGAGUGCUGAUGGAACACACGCGAGAUAAUUCUAAGGAGGCAGAGGCUUUCAGAGAACAGCUUAACGCACGCAGUGCCGAGUAUGUUGAAGAAAUCCUGGCCCCACAUUUCGGAGGCAUCAUUCAGUUCGUGAAGGAGUGCGAGCACUUCUUUGAAAAGGAACAAAUGGAUGAACUGAGAAAGCAGGAGCGAAGAAGCUUGGCAUUAGUCGCCAGCUUCUCGGCCAACUGGAAGAAAUCUCUCGAGGAGCUUAACAGGGAAGUGCUCCUAUCCUUCCCAUCGCUGUUAACGGGCUCUCAGCUUCUGCAGCUCGCUUUGGCUAGUUUGGUGCAGUAUUACCAUCGCUUCCACAAGCUUCUCACACCCAAUGCCCGCGCCCAGCUCACAAAUAUCCAUGUGGUGAUGGUGGAGAUCAAAAAGUACAAGAGCAAUUACUGAGAAACACUUUAAUCGAAUGUGUGUAGACUUCUGUGUAUUCCGACUUGAAUAAAGUUCCAAAAUAUAUGUUAUAGGUA